AAACAGAGCGUGGUUACCGUAGUAACCGUUUCUCUUCUCUCCACCUCUGUGCCUGGUGAUGCUCGUGGCUCUCUUGCUCCUGGAUUCUACACUGACUGAGGUUGACACAGAAACAGGAGGAGACGUUUCCUCAUCAUUUCUCCUGCCUACCCUUAUCCUCCGACACUCUUCUCGUCAGCAGGACGGAACUCUUUUUCCCUUUCCUUAUCUUUUUCUCUGAGAUCGUUGGCUUCCACUUCCCUGGGAUUUCUACCGUUUUUUUGUAUUCCGCCAUGGCUCACGCAGCCUCCGCAUUGAAGAAGAACCGGGACGUGGAUGUCAAUGCUAUCGAGGAUGAGAAAGAAAAGAAAAGGAGAAUUAAGAAACUAGCGUCCCGGGAACAAAAGAGAAAGUCGGACAGCAAUGCCAGUUACCUGCGAGCAGCGCGGGCUGGGAACCUGGAGAAGGCCCUGGACUACCUCAAGUCUGGGGUAGAAAUCAACAUCUGCAACCAGAAUGGGUUGAAUGCUCUUCAUCUGGCCUCUAAGGAGGGUCAUGUAGAGGUGGUGGCUGAGCUGCUGAAGCUAGAAGCCAAUGUGGACGCGGCGACCAAGAAAGGAAACACCGCUCUUCACAUAGCCUCCCUGGCCGGCCAAACGGAAGUGGUGAAAGAGCUAGUGACCAAUGGAGCCAAUGUGAACGCACAGUCUCAGAAUGGCUUCACCCCGCUCUACAUGGCAGCCCAGGAGAACCAUAUUGAGGUGGUUCGCUUCCUCCUGGAACACAACUCCAGCCAGAGUAUGGCCACCGAGGACGGGUUCACCCCUCUGGCGGUGGCGCUGCAGCAGGGGCAUGACCAAGUGGUGUCUCUGCUCCUGGAGAAUGACACCAAGGGCAAGGUGCGUCUGCCCGCCCUGCACAUCGCCGCCCGCAAGGACGACACCAAGGCUGCAGCGUUACUGCUCCAGAACGACCGCAACGCAGAUGUGGAGUCCAAGAUGAUGGUGAAUAAAACGACAGAGAGCGGCUUCACUCCUCUCCACAUCGCUGCUCACUAUGGCAACAUCAACGUGGCCACGCUUCUGCUGAAUCGGGGGGGAGCUGUGGACUUCAUGGCCAGGAAUGACAUCACACCUCUCCAUGUGGCAUCUAAAAGAGGCAAUAGUAACAUGGUCAAACUGUUGUUGGACAGAGGAUCCAAAAUAGAUGCCAAGACUAAGGACGGACUGACACCUCUUCACUGUGGAGCGAGGAGCGGUCAUGAACAAGUGGUUGAGAUCCUGCUGGACCGCGGAGCCCCCAUUCUGUCCAAGACAAAGAACGGGCUGUCCCCCCUGCACAUGGCCACUCAGGGCGACCACAUCAACUGUGUCCAGCUCCUCCUUCAGAACGAUGUCCCCGUUGAUGAUGUCACCAACGACUACCUGACAGCGUUACACGUGGCCGCCCACUGUGGACACUACAAAGUGGCCAAGCUCAUAGUGGACAAAAAGGCCAACCCUAACGCUAAAGCACUGAACGGCUUCACCCCGCUUCACAUCGCCUGCAAGAAGAACCGCUCCAAAGUGAUGGAGCUGCUGCUGAAACACGGAGCAUCGAUCCAGGCUGUGACAGAGUCUGGACUCACUCCUAUUCACGUGGCCGCUUUCAUGGGACAUGAGAACAUUGUCAACUCACUGACGCAUCACGGAGCUUCGCCCAACACCACCAACGUGAGGGGGGAGACAGCGCUGCACAUGGCAGCCCGGGCAGGUCAGGCUGACGUGGUGCGAUACCUGCUGCAGAAUGGAGCGAAGGUGGAGACUAAGGCCAAGGACGACCAGACAGCGCUGCACAUCUCCAGCCGGCUGGGGAAGGCCGACAUUGUCCAGCAGCUGCUGCAGAGGGGGGCUUCUGCUAACGCUGCCACCACGUCAGGCUACACACCCCUCCACCUGGCUGCCCGCGAAGGUCACGAGGACGUAGCCGCCAUGCUGCUGGACCAGGGUGCAUCGCUGUCAGCCUCCACUAAGAAAGGGUUCAGUCCUCUUCACGUGGCAGCGAAGUAUGGGAAGAUGGAAGUGGCCAGCCUGCUUCUUCAGAAGAGAGCAGCUCCGGAUGCAGCUGGAAAGAGUGGGCUAACUCCACUGCAUGUAGCUGCUCACUACGAUAAUCAGAGAGUGGCUCUACUGCUUCUGGAUCAGGGAGCAUCUCCCCACGCUGCCGCCAAGAAUGGCUACACACCCCUCCACAUAGCUGCCAAGAAGAACCAGAUGGACAUCGGGACCACCCUACUGGAGUACGGGGCGGACACCAAUGCUGUGACCCGCCAGGGCAUCAGCCCUGUUCACCUGGCUGCACAGGAGGGCAGUGUGGACCUGGUCUCUCUGCUGCUCACCAAGAACGCCAGCGUCAACAUGGGCAACAAGAGUGGUCUCACACCUCUCCACUUAGCGGCGCAGGAGGACAAAGUCAACGUGGCGGAAGUCCUGCUCAACCAGGGGGCGGACGUCGUCCCCUCGACAAAGAUGGGAUACACUCCGCUGCAUGUGGCUUGUCACUAUGGCAACGUCAAGAUGGCGGACUUCCUCAUACAGAACCAGGCCAGAGUUGAUGACAAAACAAAGAACGGCUACACGCCCCUCCACCAGGCGGCGCAGCAGGGCCACACCCACAUCAUCAACCUGCUGCUGCAGCACGGAGCCUCUGCCAAUCAGCUGACCGUGAAUGGGAGCACAGCCUUGUCCAUCGCCUGUCGUCUUGGUUACAUCUCAGUGGUCGACACUCUCAGGCCAGUGACUGAUGAGAAUCUGACCUCUGUGACUGCGACAGAAAAACACAAAAUGAACAUCCCCGAGACCAUGAACGAGUUUCUGGACAUGUCUGACGAUGAAGCUAAGGCUAAUGCGCCGGAAAUUCUCAAUGACGACUGUAUUUCAGAUGUUGACGAAGGUGAGGAUGCAAUGACCGGCGACACUGACAAAUAUCUGCGGCCCCAGGACCUCAAGGAGCUGGGGGACGACUCUCUCCCGCAGGAGGGCUACAUGGGGUUCAGCAUUGGAGUCCGCUCAGCGAGCCUCCGCUCCUUCAGUUCGGAUAGGUCCAACACCCUCAACCGCAGCUCCUACGCGCGAGACAGCAUGAUGAUAGAGGAGAUCCUCGCCCCGACCAAGGACACGCACCUGGCUGUAACCCGGGACUACGAUGCAGAGUGUCUGAGGCGCUACAGCUGGACCCCAGACACAAUAGAUCACAGUAACACUGUGUCCAGCCCCAUUCACUCAGGCUUGUCCUCCCCGCUCCCUCAGUAUGACUCCAGAUUCCUGGUCAGCUUCAUGGUGGAUGCCCGUGGGGGUUCCAUGAGAGGAAGUCGAAGCAACGGCAUGCGUAUCAUCAUCCCGCCCCGGAAGUGCACGGCUCCCACCCGCAUCACCUGCCGCCUGGCCAAGAGGCACAAACUGGCCUACCCCCCACCCAUGGUGGAGGGAGAGGGCCUGGUCAGCCGCCUGGUGGAGGUCGGCCCCGCAGGAGCCCAGUUUCUGGGACCUGUGAUCGUGGAGAUUCCUCAUUUCGGCUCCAUGAGGGGAAAGGAGAGGGAACUGAUCGUGCUGAGGAGUGACAACGGUGACACAUGGAAGGAACACCAGUACGACUGCCAUCCAAGUGACAUCACAGACAUUCUCAACGGGAUGGACGAAGAACUGGACAGCAAUGCUGAGCUGGAGAAGAAGCGUAUCUGUCGAAUCAUCACCAGGGACUUCCCCCAGUACUUCGCGGUGGUGUCCAGGAUCAAGCAGGAGAGUAACCACAUGGGUCCAGAGGGCGGGACUCUGACCAGCCUGACCGUGCCCAUGGUCCAGGCCUCCUUCCCACAGGGGGCGCUCACCAAAAAGAUACGCGUUGGCCUGCAGGCUCAGCCCGUCCCAGAUGACAUGGUGAGGAAUCUCCUCGGCAACAGGGCCACCUUCAGCCCUAUCGUUACUGUGGAGCCCAGGAGGAGGAAGUUCCACAAGCCCAUUACCAUGACGAUCCCUGUACCGCCCCGAUCGGCAGAGGGCCACCCCAGUGGACCCAGGGGAGACUCCACCCCCUGCCUGCGCCUCCUCUGCAGCAUCACAGGUGGAACAUCUCCUGCCCAGUGGGAGGACAUAACAGGAACUACUCCGCUGUCCUUCGUCACAGACUGUGUUUCCUUCACCACAAACGUGUCGGCCAGGUUCUGGCUUGCAGACUGCCACCAGAUUCCUGAGACGGUCGGUCUGGCCUCUCAGCUAUACCGGGAGCUGAUCUGUGUGCCGUAUCUGGCCAAGUUUGUGGUGUUUGCCAAGAUGAACGAUCCUGUGGAGUCACGCCUCCGUUGCUUCUGCAUGACGGACGACAAGGUGGACAAGACUCUGGAACAACAGGAGAACUUUGAAGAGGUGGCCAGGAGCAAAGACAUUGAGGUCUUGGAGGGCAAGCCUAUCCAUGUGGAUUGCUACGGCAAUUUAUCUCCUCUUACCAAGAGCGGGCAGCAGCUGAUCUUCAACUUCUUCUCUUUCAAAGAGAACCGGCUUCCUUUCAAUGUGAAGGUCAGAGACAUGGGCCAAGAACCAUGUGGUCGACUCUCAUUUUUGAAAGAGCCGAAAACCACUAAAGGUCUUCCACAGACAGCCAUAUGCAAUUUGAAUAUCACACUGCCAACUCAUAAGAAGGACAUGAUGGAGUCUGAUCCUGAUGAUGAGACUGAAAAACCAGACCGACGUCAUACCUUUGCCUCCUUAGCUUUGCGUAAGCGCUACAGCUAUCUGACCGACCCUGCAGCGAGUCCUCAGAGUCCCUGUGAGCGAACAGACCUGCGGAUGGCCAUCGUGGCUGACCACCUGGGACUUAGCUGGACUGAGCUAGCUCGGGAAAUGGACUUUUCUGUCGACGAGAUCAACCACAUCCGAGUGGAGAACCCCAACUCCCUGACAGCGCAGAGCUUCAUGCUACUAAAGAAAUGGGUCAGCCGGGACGGUAAAAACGCAACGACGGAUGCCUUAACUGGAGUGCUGACCAAAGUCAAUCGGAUGGAUAUUGUGACUUUACUGGAGGGGCCGAUAUUUGACUAUGGUAACAUUUCAGGCACGAGAAGUUUUGCCGAUGAUAACGCUGUUUACCUGGAUCAGGCUGAUGGUUGGCACAGUGACACAUCCAGCGUCAACGUGGAGCCUCCCACACCCGGCCGCAGUGUGAGCUCAGACCUGCUAGACCGCCAGGAAAAUAGCCAGGAGAACUCCAGUGACUCCAUCACCUCUUCCUCUAGAGGAGAGCUAGCGAGGUCUAGGCACAAUGGCGAUAACACGGAGCUACCACCUCAGGACGGGUCACUUCCUGUAUCGCAGGACUCAGCCAACGGAAGAACUGGACGUGGGAAGGAAGAAGGCACGCUUGUAUCUGAGAGGAAAGUCCAGCAGCGUUUUAGUGAGUCCGGCUCUGACGAGGAGCGGACUGUCACCACCAGGGUGUUUCGGCGCCGGGUCAUUCUCAAGGGAGAACAGGCAAAGAAUAUUCCGGGCGAAUCAGUGACAGAAGAACAGUUUACUGAUGAAGACGGUAACAUCAUCACUAGAAAAGUCAUCAGAAAGGUCAUCCGCCGGGUGUCCACGCCCACGCCUGACGACCAGGGCGGGGACAGGGGGAGUUGGGACCGAGGAGACCCCUGGCCCUGCCCUUUCUUACUGGAGGAGGAGUUAGAGCAAGGAGAUGGAGCUAAAAGCAGGUCGGGAGAAAAGAAGCUUCAAUCGUAGGGGUAGCUGUGCUCCACCAGGUGUGCAGGAAUUCUUCUCAUUUCCAGGGCAGAAAGUUACAAACUGAAAAACUCAAGAAAUUUCAGCCAGGACUUGAUCCGUCUGAUUUCAAUAUGAGCAUGAAAAUCUCACUCCCUGUCAAUUGAGGGACCUGGAAGGUUCUCACCAUGGAAUCUGAAUUCUAAUUGUAUGGCUCUCACUUCCUGUGGUCUAUGGACCAGGAGAAUUCUGCUUCCUGUUUGUGACUCGUAACGUGCCAUUGGUGUCGUGAGAGCUUUUGAGGAGUAUUGUGGUGACAACAAAAAGGACUCCAUCACAGAAAAACUACAGGUGCAACUGAACAUACACCUGUGACCAAAGAUGGCACAAAAGCUCAAUUCUAGUAGUAGGAGAAAGAAAAUCAACAAAAUUACACAAAACCUAGAGGAACACUUCUGAUCCACCUCCAACACUCGCCUUAUAGUUUUUUCUUGGACCCAUAAAUGUCAGGUUGUAAAUUGCUGUGGGGUUUGUUUUCCUUUUUAAAAAUAAAAAAUAAAAUAAACACAGCUUUUUCCUGUAUAUAAAUUACAAUGUGUACAAUAGAAAAAUGAUGAGUUACAGGAUGAUAAUGCACAGGAGAGAACUUUACAAGUGCUUUCAACAUUAUUAUCAAAAUGGUUCCACUUUUAAGGAAGAUUUGAGUGUAACUUCACACGUUCUUGUAUAAUUCAUUAUUAUAGCAGGUAUAAUGUUUGUAUAUGAAAAAAGCUGGUUAGAUUUUAACAGAGGACAUUUCCAGAAAAUCUUCUGCAAAUUUAAGUGAUUCCUAAAAAGGGGAUGUAUCUAAUUCUGCAAAAGCAGAGUACUCAUAUUUUCAUGCAUGCCGUUCACAUUAUUUUAAGUACAAUUUUUACAAGUUUGCAAACACUGUAUUAAAAUGAGAAUUAAAACCCUUUAUCUGUGUACACAUAUAGUCCUUACAUUUGUCACCAGUUUUAUAUUUGAAAUGAAAAAAAUACCAUAAAAGCAUUUAUUGUGUCGGGGACUAGGAACAGUAUGAAGAAAAUUUGUUCUAUAGCUUCUUGAGGGUUUAAUGUAGUCUACCGUUUGUCUAUGUAAAACUGAACGGCAGCUUCUGCUGGCAUUAGCAUAAAUGCUAUGAGAAAGAAGUUAUCUGAAUGUAUAUGCUAGUAGACUGGCUCGCCGUAAAACUAUAACUGUAUUGUGUGUAUUGGCUAUAAGGUGUAGAGGUCUCUGUACGCUGUAAGACUGUUUGUAAUCAUUUUAGCGGUGUGUCAUUUGGUUUUAUGAAGGCUGCUGUGGUUUUAAAGAAAAGGUGUAAUUUCCUUUUGGGCUUUGGUGAAGUACUUCCUUAAAUUUAAUCUACUCACAUAAAGACAUAAGACAUUAUUUGAUUGUAGCUCUUAAUAGAAUAUGUAUGACAAAACACUGGAUGGUCAAAUGAUUAUUUAAGCAUCAAAUGAAUUGUGUGAUCUUUCUUGGCUUGAGAAUCUGUAUGCGGUGUCUAACUAGCAUUCAUUUGAUAGCUCAUUGGCGAUUACUUUGCAUUAAAUCUUCUCUUUGUAUUGGUUUGACUAGAGGCCCAUGUAGUUCAAGUGUGGUGUUAUUCUGGUGUGAAGGCUCAGACUUAGUGUGAUGAUGUUUAUGCUGUGGACAUGACAACCAAGUAAAGGACUUUAUUUUUAGACAAGUGAAGUCAUUUAGGGUAUUGUAUCAUAUCUCCCAUCCUACAUGUCAAUCAGGGGGUAGAGGCUAAUUUGAUCAAUUUUGUUUGAUAUGUGUUUUCACCUGAGCUAAUUUUUCGAUGUACAAUUCUUACUAAAAGAGUGAAGCCAUUGAAAUGUAACUAUUCUAGCACUUUGGUUAUUCAAAGUCUUCUUUUAGAGGCUAUAGCAGUAAUGACGCCACCACAAUGUUUCAAUUUAAAAACAAAAUAACAAAAUAAAAAUGCAUUGAUUUUGCAA